CUUUACUAUUCUUAUAAGUCAGUCUCUGUGAUUCAUUGCAUUCAGCGUCGAUUCAUAAAUAGAUAAGUGUAGUAGUUGCUGUCAUAUAUAUGUGUACAAUGCUUCUGCAGCUAACAACUCUAUUUUCCUCUAUUUUAUUAUGUUUGUGAUCUAGUCAACCUACUCUGAUUGGAUCCUGGGCUUAUAUAUUGCAGGUUCGUGAGAUCAAGGGCUUCAGUCUUUUCAGUUUUUAUUUUUUAUUUUUUAAAGGAACCCCACUUUCUGGUUAUUGGGUUCUUCAUAAAUUUCAUAACUGUCUAUGAGUUUUAUCGGAAAUGAAGGAUUGGGCUUUCACCAUAGGUGCUCAAAUGGCGUUCUGUGGCGAGUUCAGCGUCAUCAAAGUCGUCUAUGCUUCCGCUUGUGUGAACCACCUAAUAGUCAUCUCCACUGACGCCCUGCUCUCUGCCGUACUGCUGUUCAGUAUCAUCCGCAGCCGAAUUUCGUCGAGUUUCAAGCUCUCGUCGAUCUUACAGACAUUAUCUUUAGCAUUCAAUGGCUGUUUGGGCCUGGUUUAUCUCGGACUCGGGUUGUGGAUUUUGCUGGGAAGGCUUACCAAGGGGAUGGGUUUUAGCCCCGCACGUUUGUGGUUAGUUUUGCUAACCCAAGGGCUCACUUGGAGUCUUGUCGGUUGGGUGGCGAGUGCGAGAGGCAGUCUUAAGGCUUUAUCUUUGAUUGUUACGGGCUUCGCCGGAUUUCUCUGUGUUUCUUCGGUCUUAGAGAUUAUCUCACAGAACAGCAUGUCGGUCAAGCUUUUCUUGGAUAUUUGCUCUUUACCAGGAGCUAGCCUUUUGCUUCUUUGCUCUUUUAAACAAUCCAAAGAAGCCGAGGAUCAUAGGAACGCUAACGAUCCCUUGCGCAGGCCUUUGAAUGUCGCGGUUGAUUCAGUUGAUUUAGUGACCCCCUUUGCCAAGGCUGGAUUUUUCAGUAGAAUGUCGUUCUGGUGGCUGAAUCCUCUGAUGAAAACGGGCUACGAGAAGCCCUUAGAGGAAAAUGACAUCCCCCUACUGAGCGACGAAGAUCGAGCAGAGAGUCGUUAUCUGUUGUUUUUAGAGAGAUUAAGUGAACAAAAGAAAUCGAACAGGACAGGCUCAUCACUGAUUUUAUGGGCAAUAGUUUCUUGCCACAGGAAUGACAUUUUAGUCUCUGGUUUCUUUGCAUUACUGAAGGUACUCAUGCUCUCUUCUGGUCCCAUGCUUCUUAAAUCCUUCAUCAGCGUUUCAUCCGGCAACGAAGGUUUUGAGUACGAGGGAUAUGUGUUGGCAUUUGGAUUGUUUCUCGCAAAAUGCUUAGAGUCCUUGUCCCAAAGGCAAUGGUACUUUCGAUCAAGAAGGUUAGGACUAAAUUUGAGGUCUUUGCUAUCAGCAGCCAUAUUUAGCAAGCAACUAAAGCUAUCAAAUUCGGCGAAAUUAGUCCAUUCUUCUGGCGAGAUUAUGAACUAUGUUACUGUAGAUGCUUAUAGAAUCGGCGAGUUCCCCUUCUGGUUUCAUCAAACUUGGACGACAAGCUUCCAACUUUGCAUCGCGCUGAUAAUUCUUUACAAUUCUGUUGGCCUCGCAACAAUUUCUGCAAUGAUUGUAAUAAUUAUCACCGUUGCUUGCAAUGCUCCGCUAGCAAAAUUGCAGCAUCGGUUUCAAUCAAAGCUCAUGGAAGCUCAAGAUGAGAGGCUGAAGGCCAUGUCCGAGGCUUUAAUUUACAUGAAAAUUUUGAAACUUUAUGCUUGGGAAACACACUUCAAGAAAAUUAUAGAAGGGCUUAGGGAAGAGGAGCUUCGGUGGAUAUCUGCUUAUCAGCUGAGGAGAGCUUACAAUAGUUGCUUGUUUUGGGUGUCGCCUAUACUUGUUUCGGCUGCUACAUUCUCAGCUUGUUAUUUUCUUGGUAUUCCUCUUGAUGCUGGAAAUGUGUUUACCUUUGUGGCGACUUUGAGGCUUGUUCAGGAUCCAGUUAGGCAGAUUCCGGAGGUUCUUGGGGUGGUGAUUCAAGCGAAGGUUGCUUUUGGUCGAAUUGUUAAUUUUUUGGAUGCCCCAGAGUUGCAGAAAGUGCAAGGUAGAAGUAAGUAUUGCACAUUGAGCAAGGACCCAAUUGUGAUAAAAUCGGCCAGUUUCUCUUGGGAUGAGGAGCAUAUAUUGAAGCCGACAUUAAGAGAUAUAAACUUAGUGGUUCGGAAUGGGGAGAAGGUAGCAGUUUGUGGUGAGGUUGGUUCAGGAAAAUCUUCACUUCUAGCAGCAAUUCUUGGUGAAAUUCCAAAGAUUGAUGGCACGGUACAUGUUUGUGGAAGAAUUGCGUAUGUUCCUCAAAAUGCAUGGAUCCAAACUGGAACAAUGCAAGACAAUAUUCUGUUUGGAUCUCCUUGGAAUAACCAAAGAUACCAGCAAACACUGGAGAAGUGUUCUUUAGUUAAGGACAUCGAGAUGUUACCUUUUGGAGAUCUCACCGAGAUUGGGGAAAGAGGUGUCAAUCUUAGCGGUGGUCAGAAGCAGCGUCUUCAGCUCGCUCGCGCCUUGUAUCAGGAUGCAGAUAUCUAUCUCCUUGAUGAUCCUUUUAGUGCUGUCGACGCCCACACUUCUUCUAGCAUAUUUAAUGAAUAUGUCAUGGGAGCUUUGUCAGACAAAACAGUCCUAUUGGUGACUCAUCAAGUGGACUUCCUUCCGGCAUUCAAUUCCAUAUUGUUAAUGUCAGAUGGAGAAAUCUUGCAGGCUGCUCCUUACCACAAAUUACUAGCAUCCAGCAGAGAAUUUCAAGACCUAGUCAACGCACAUAAAGACGCAGUUGGGUCUGAAAUGCUCGACCAAUUCGUAUCUCACAGAAAAAACAAGCCAGCCAAGAGGGAGAUCAACAGUGUACAAUAUACUAAGCAUCCACGAAACGAUAAAGCAUCAGGAGUCGAUCAAUUAAUCAAGAAAGAGGAGAAGGAAACAGGUGAUGUGGGUUUGAAGCCUUAUCUACAAUACUUAAAUCAGAACAAGGGCCUCUUAUAUGCCUCACUAUCAGCUCUUUGCCAAGUUAUAUUUGUUGCUGGACAAAUCUCACAAAAUUCAUGGAUGGCUGCUAACGUUCAGAAUCCUGACGUGACGACACUGAAGCUAAUAUCGGUCUAUUUGGCAAUUGGGAUUAGUACAUCCAUCUUUGUACUGUUGAGAUCCUUAUUGGUGGUAGUUCUAGGCACACAGUCAUCAAAAUCUUUAUUUUCUCAGCUGAUCAACUCGCUAUUUCGUGCUCCAAUGUCAUUUUUUGACUCUACUCCUCUCGGAAGGAUACUAAGUAGGGUUUCUUCUGAUUUGAGCAUCGUUGACCUUGAUGUGCCAUUCAGCAUAAUCUUUACCUUCUGUUCUACCUUUAAUGCAAUCAGCAAUUUUAGUGUAUUGGCUGUUGUUACCUGGCAAGUUCUACUUGUUGCCAUACCAUUAGUCUAUCUAACUCUUAGAUUGCAGGGGUAUUAUUUUGCUGCUGCAAAGGAGUUGAUGAGGUUAAAUGGAACAACAAGAUCUCUUUUAGCAAAUCAUCUUGCUGAAUCAAUAGCAGGAACUAUGACAAUCAGAGCUUUCGAGCAGGAAGAUCGAUUUUCUGCCAAAAACUAUGAGGUUAUUGACCAUAAUGCUAGUCCUUUCUUCCAUAACUUUGCAGCAAAUGAGUGGUUGAUUCAAAGAUUAGAGAUUGUCAGCGCUGCCGUUCUUUCUUCCUCAGCCCUUGUUAUGGUUCUUCUUCCUCCUGGAACUUUUAGCUCAGGAUUUGUUGGAAUGGCUCUUUCUUACGGUCUUUCAUUAAACAAUUCCCUUGUUUUCUCCAUACAAAAUCAGUGCACGCUUGCAAAUAACAUUAUUUCUGUUGAAAGAGUUAAUCAAUAUAUGCAUGUACCAAGUGAGGCUCCAGAAGUCAUUGAAGGAAACCGACCUCCUCCCAGUUGGCCUUCUGUUGGUAGGGUGGAAUUCAAAAAUUUGCAGAUCAGAUAUAGGGAAGAUACUCCGCUUGUGCUUAAAGGAAUCAGCUGUGUAUUUGAGGGAGGGCAUAAGAUUGGGAUUGUAGGAAGAACUGGAAGCGGGAAAACCACUUUAAUAGGUGCAUUAUUUCGGCUCGUUGAACCAACGGGAGGACAAGUUAUUAUUGAUGAUGUCGAUAUCACGAGAAUUGGUCUCCAGGAUUUGAGGUCUCGCUUUGGGAUUAUUCCUCAAGAUCCUACACUCUUCAAUGGGUCUGUCAGAUACAACCUCGAUCCCUUAGGCCAAUAUACCGAUCAGGAAAUAUGGGAGGUACUCAAUAAGUGUCAGCUUCAAGAAGCUGUUCUAGAGAAAGAACAGGGUCUAGAUUCACUAGUUGUGGAAGAUGGAUCAAAUUGGAGCAUGGGACAAAGACAGUUAUUUUGUUUAGGACGUGCACUUUUACGGAGAAGUCAGAUAUUGGUUCUUGAUGAAGCCACGGCAUCAAUUGACAAUGCCACCGAUGCAAUCCUUCAGAAGAUAAUAAGAACAGAAUUUGCAGAGUGCACAGUCAUCACAGUUGCCCAUAGGAUACCAACAGUAAUGGAUAGCACCAUGGUGCUUUCUAUUAGUGAUGGGGAACUGGUGGAAUAUGAUGAACCCAUGAAACUGAUGAAAACCGAGGGAUCUCUAUUCGCGAAACUUGUCAAAGAAUAUUGUUCCCAUACUGCGAAUUCAGCCAUCUAGACCACAAUUUUUGGAAGUGUGUUGAUAAAAUUUUCAGCGAUAUUUCUCCAGUUGAUAGACGCUGUUGAAAUGGAUGGUAACUGAAAUUCAACUUUAAGGACUAAAUGCAGUAUCCCAUUCGAAAUUUCCGCACGGAAAAAGUAAGAUCUGCUGUAUGCUUAUGUCUAAGUGACCUGUUGAGUCGAAGAGUACCUUCAUGUGACGGCCAACAAGUUUUGUUUACAACUGUAUAUAUUCUUUUUAAACGAAGUCUUAAAUGUACAUUUGCCCUUCGUGACAGCGCUAAUUUGCUUGGCAUCUAAUUAGAUAAUGACCUUUCGUUGUAUGCGAACGCUUAUUUGAUAGCAAGUCCGUUAUGUGUUCUUA